CCAAUUGACCUAUUUUUUUCCUUGAAAAAUCAAAAGCCGCCCACCUUUAUUUUCUCAAAUUGACGUUUGCACAGCCUUCGGACAACUUACUACUUGGAUUAUCCAUUUGCCUCCAUACCUGCCUAACUCUUGUGUAAAUUUCUCUUUGGGACAGAAGCCAUUUGACAGAACAUAUUCCAAUUUCUAACACCUUCCCAUUGUUUCUGCUAAGCAGGCAACUGCUAAUUGACAAAAAAUGACAUAGAUUAUAUAUGUAACUUCUGACAAGUUUAGGAAGAGAGGGGAAGAGAUUUCAAUGGAAGCAGAGAUUGGGUCAAUGAAGUUGCAGGCUCGAAGAGGAUCGAGGAGAGAGACGAGGAAUGUUGCGGCGAUUUCAAGUAGUUUCCUCCCAGUAUUUGGGGUAAUGGUUGACGAAAAUUUUCCUCGGUUGAAGAACUAUGUCAUCCUUCCCUUUGAUCGACGAUACAGAAGGUGGCAAGCGUUUCUAAUCCUAUUGGUUGCCUACUCAGCAUGGGCAUCCCCGUUCGAGCUAGCGUUUGAAAAUGUAACCACCUCCAAGGCGCUCAUAGCAAUUGAUCUGGUGGUUGAUGCCUUCUUUAUUGCCGACAUUGUGGUCUCCUUCUUCGUCGCACAUUUGGACAAAUCUACUCACCUCCUUGUUUUUGAAAAAAAGAAGAUAGCUGCGAGGUAUGCCAUGACCCUACGCUUUGUAAUGGACAUAGCCUCAACCCUGCCAUUUCAGCUCUUCUACGGCAUCAUAGCUGGUGAAAGCAAAGAUGGUACAUCAUUAGGAAUAUUGAGUCUGCUGCGCCUGUGGCGACUAAGACAUGUUAGCAACUUAUUUAAAAGGCUCGAGAAAGACAUACGCUUUAGCUACUUUUGGACAAGAUAUGUGAAAAUCAUCUGUGUGACACUAUUUGCAUUGCAUUCAACAGCUUGUGUGUAUUGCUGGAUGGCCUACCACCAUCGAAUAAUAGAGAAAACAUGGCUUGGCAAACCAGUACCAGAUUUCAAGGAGCGGAGCAUCUGGCUUGGCUACACCUAUGCAAUAUACUUCUCCAUCUCGACCCUAACCACUGUUGGUUAUGGAGACCUCUAUGCAGAUAACAUGUGGGAAAAGAUAUUUUGCAUUCUCCUCAUGUUGUUCAACAUUGGGCUCACUGCCUAUCUCAUUGGAAACAUGACAAAUCUGAUUGUCCAUGAGGCAUCACGCACUUUCAUGAUGAGGGAGGCCUCACAUAAAUUGUCAAGAUAUGCAAGUAAAAAUGGACUUCCUGAGACCCUGAGAACACAGAUGAUGCAACAUGUAAAGCUUAAGUUCAAGACAGCAGAGUUACAACAAGAAGAGGUGCUCAACAGCCUACCAAAGGCUAUUCGAUCAAGCAUCACACAAUACCUAUUCCAGAAAACUGUGGGCUUAGCAUACCUUUUCAAAGGAGUCUCAGAGAACUUCAUAUUACAGUUGGUUUCAGAAAUGAAAGCAGAAUACUUUCCACCUAAAGCAAACGUCAUCCUACAAAAGGAGAUCCCCAUGGACUUUUAUAUUAUUAUUGCAGGAGAACUGGUAAGAAUUACUCCAGGAUUGUGCACAACAGUUUAUAUAUCAUUAUUUUCCUCAUAUAACAAAACUUUUAAUAUACAGGAAGUCUUGACAAAUGAAAAUGGAACAGAGAAGGUAUUCCUUAAUAUUGCUUUUAAGAGUACAUUUUUUCUGUCAAAACUUGGGCCUGCUGACAUGGCAGGAGAAAUUGGAGUAAUUCUCAACAUACCACAGCCUUUCACAAUCAGGAGCAAAAACAUUUCCCAAGUAGUUCGAAUAGGCCGUCAUCAUUUCGGUCAGGUUGUGGAGCUACAUAUUGCAGAGGGGAAGAUGAUUCUGUCUAACUUUCUACAGGUUUCAAACUGAACAAUAAAAAUGUGUUCAUCAAUUUAUUCGAAUGAUGAAAGAAGAAAACAAUGUUUCAUGAAGCCAGUAAAGAAAAAUGAAGACAGCUCAUGAAAAUCUCCAUAUUCAGCAUUGGAGGCUGGAAUCAAUUUAAAAAUAAAAAAAAAACCAAUUACACAAGUAUGUUACUAUAGAAAAGUAGAAGUAAGCAAGUCAGUAUGUGUCUGUUUUUAUCAAACAAAGAAGUAGCAUGCAACCAAAAAGUAAAAAGAAAAAAAGAAAGAAAGAUGCUAUGAGGUAUAUAAAUCAGCUAUUUAAAUAUUUAGUUUAAGAAAAAUAUUAAUGGGUUAUGUUCAACAUAAACCACAGUAUGUUAACUAUGAGAAAAUUGAAGUUGGUUCAUAUAGCAAUGAUUCCUGACACAAACUUAUUUAUACCCAGUUUCUUAAAGGACUGAAAGAAGAACUUUUGGAGGAGGUUCCAUUUCUAACGCAACUGCAGCCCAACAUGGAUGACGUAAGUGUAAUUUCUUUUGCAUGAAAAAACUUAUGAAAGCAUACAUGCAGUCAAAAUUAGAGAGAUAUCCAUUUUACCAGAAAUAAUGCAUAAAAUCUGUACAGUAAAUCUGAA